AUGUCGGGACUACCAGCGAUUCUCGCGGUCGGCACGGGCGAGUAUACGACCGGUUUCGUGGGCAACUCGCAAUCACCGUCGGACAAGAAGCUAGGCGUGGUCGGACUGGUGAUGUUUGACCUUCGUCGUCGCGGGCUGAUUGCGCCCGAGAUCAAAAUGGUGGGUACCAACGGUGACAAAUUCCAGGGCAUUCGGAGUCACUUUAAGAACAACAUCGAGGCCAAGUAUCGAGAUAUGUCGACCGAGUUCACGUCGUAUCCUGCAGCAGGAGUUCGAGACGGUGAUGCAUACAAGACGGCGAUUGAUUCGCUGAAACCCGGAGAUGCAAUCACCAUCUUUACGCCCGACUCGACGCACUUUGAGAUUGCCAUGUAUGCGAUCCAACGCAAAAUCCACGUGCUCGUCACUAAACCGGCAACGCAGACGCUUGCACAUCAUCAGAUGCUCGUCGAACAAGCGGCCAAGCAUGGCGUGCUUUGUAUGGUCGAACAUCAUAAGCGGUUCGAUCCGGCGUAUGCGGAUGCGCGCCAGCGUGCACGCGACAGUUUGGGCGACUUCAACUAUUUCUACUCGUACAUGAGUCAGCCCAAGAACCAAUUGGAGACGUUCAAGGCUUGGGCAGGCAGGGACAGCGACAUUUCGUAUUACCUCAACUCGCACCAUAUCGAUAUCUGUCUGUGGAUCGUUCACGGGCGUGCGGUGCCGGUCCAGGUGACCGCGUCCGCCUCCAAGGGUAUAGCCACAAGCAAAGCGUGUGUUGAGGGUACCGAGGAUACCAUCACUCUGCUCGUCGAUUUUGCCAUUCUCACCGCUGACGCUAAGGUUGAACCGGCGAAACGAGCAACUGCGAUAUUCACCGCCAGUUGGACCGCACCGCAGGGUGCAGGUGUGCACUCGGAACAGCACUUCCACUUUGUCGGUGCGCACGGCGAGACACGCAUCAACCAAGCGCGUCGCGGCUACCAGUUCACCCAAGAAGACAGCGCCCAACAACUCACCGGCGGCGCAUGCACAGACUACAACCCCUUCUACAUGCGUUACACCCCCGACGCAGAAGGCUUCUUCGCCGGUCAAACAGGCUACGGCUACCUCUCGCUGGAACACUUUGUCACCGCCUGCACGCGCAUCAACCGAGGCGAAACCAACGUCGCACAUUUCGAUUCCGUACUGCCCACCAUCAAGGACACUGUGCUUACAACCGCCAUCUUGCAGGCUGGAAGAACAAGCUUGGACGAGAACCGAACCGUUCAAAUCAAGCUCAACGAGCACGGUCAGUUCGAGCUCCAGUAG